CAAUAGAGUCGACUGAUAUAAUCCCUGAUAAUGGUAACACUGAAGAAAUAAGUGAUGGCGAACAGUUUGAUGGAGAAACACAAAUUAACAAUGACAAUGAUUUUAAAGGUGAUGAAACUGAUACUGAGCCUACAAAGCAAGAUGUUGAUCUGAAAGCAGAAGCAACUCAGGCUGAUGGAGACAAAGAAGUUGCAGAGCAAUGCCUUCAGCUAAAAAUAGGGCAAGGAAAGAAGCUUGCCAUCACUCUCUCCCCUGACAGUGGGAGUGGUGUGGUGUACACUCGUUGGGGAAGGACACAUUGCCGCAGGGGAGCAGAACUAGUCUAUGCUGGAUACGCUGGAGGCAGUUUCUAUAAUGAACGUGGAGGAGGAGCUAACCUCUUGUGUAUGCCAACCACUGGUGUGGGACAUCUCAGCACUCAAAACCCUGGACACCUUUCGCUCAUUUAUGGAUCAGAGUAUCAAUCGUACAACAAGAUCUGGCAUAAUCAUGAUUACAACGUUCCUUGUGCCGUGUGUUAUGUUCCUGACAAAUCCACUAAACUGCAGUUGCCUGGUAGGAUCACCUGUCCAGACUCAUGGACCCAGGAAUACAGAGGUUACAUCAUGGCAGAAUAUAAAAACCAUCAGAGAAAUGCAGUCUUUGAAUGCGUCGAUGAAGCUCCAGAGAAGAUUCCUCACACCAAACGCAAUACAGAUGGUGCACUGCUGUACUUUGUGACACCAGUUUGCAACAGGGGAAUCCCUUGUGGUCCUUAUCAUCCCAAUAUUGCUAUAACCUGCUCAGUUUGUACUCGCUAAAAGAAGCAUCAUCAUCAUGAUCUUCAAAUGAUUUUUGGAUAUGGAACAUUAUAAUUAAUUAUUAUCAUAAACUUGAUAGGCCUGUAGAUAUAAUAGUUUUAGUAUCAGCGAUUAUUUUGUAGCUGUUUUUUAUAGAAAAUUGUUUUUAGUUUAUUUCAAAUGCACUUAA